AUGCUUAAAUCACAAUUUUCCUUAAUCUCAAGAGCAGCUAAGCAAACUCAAGCCUUUAAGUUGCCAUCUAGAUUCUACGCCAGCCAAGGUUUAUCAAAGAACGACAUCCAACAAAGAAUUUUUGAUGUUUUAAAAUCAUUCGACAAGGUUAAAGCUGAUAACCUCACUGAAUCAGCUUCAUUCACAAAUGACUUGGGCUUGGAUAGCUUAGACGCCGUUGAAGUUGUCAUGGCAAUUGAAGAAGAGUUUGCUAUUGAAAUCCCUGACGCUGAAGCCGACGCUAUACAAAAUGUCAAUCAAGCAAUUGAUUACAUUGCUAAAACCCCAGAGGCACACUAA